AGAGAGAGAGAGUAUUUUACUUGUAGUAAUAAAGCCAGCCUUUUUCAGAGAGAGAGAGAGAGAGAGAGUAGUAGAAAAAUGGAAUGAAAUAAUCAAAAUCAAACCGAUCGCCCUAUCCAUCAUCUCUCUUCUUCCUCCACACUCGGCGUGGGUCGUUUCUCUCUCCUCCAAUCCCAGCCCCCCUCCUCACUUUUAGUAGUAGUUAUCUCAAUCUCUUAUUAGAUCUCUACGUCUACUAUCGGAUUUCGUAUGCUCCUACUUAUUACUUACACAAGCGUAUAUGCCCAUACCCUCUACCUUUUUCUCGAUUUUCGAGGAAAAAAACUUUGAAACAUCACUGUUCCAAUCGGAUCAUAAAUAGGGUUGAUGACAAUUAGUGUGUAAACUGUUUUUGUUUAGAUUCUGUGUAAGUUUAGACCCAAAGGCGAGUGGAAAAAGGAUCGAAUCCGAGGCAAUUUCGGUGCCCUAAAAGAAGGCCUCCUCAUAGCCUUUGGGUAUUUCCGUUUUGAAGCAACACCGUAAAAGGGGAAAAAAAGGAGAGGGAAAACGAGCUCUUUUUGCGUUGCGUUCUUUUUCUCUUAGUAUAAAGACUCUCUAACUUUAGCAUGAGGAGGAGCUUGGUUGAAGAAAGACCAAAGCAGCAGCAAUGGAGAAUAUGAAAAAGGAGAGACACAUCGUUUCCUGGUCUCAAGAGGAGGAUGAUAUACUUCGCGAGCAAAUUCAAAUCCAUGGAACUGAAAAUUGGGCAAUCAUUGCCUCAAAUUUCAAGGAUAAAACAACUAGGCAAUGCAGAAGAAGAUGGUACACGUAUUUGAAUUCUGAUUUCAAGAAGGGGGGAUGGUCUCCAGAGGAAGACGUGCUCUUAUGUGAGGCUCAAAAAAUAUUUGGUAACAGAUGGACUGAAAUAGCAAAGGUCGUUUCAGGGAGAACUGAUAACGCUGUGAAGAAUAGAUUUUCCACCCUUUGCAAGAAGAGAGCAAAACAUGAAGCCUUAGCAAAAGAGAAUACCACCUUGUACAUCAAUUCGAAUAACAAAAGGGUCAUCUUAGAAGAUGGGUUCAACCCAGCUGGAAUAUCAGAUACUGCAAUAUCUUUGAAGAAGAUGAGGAGGACCCAUCUCUCUGAUCUGACAGAGAAGUGCAACAAUGGAGAAACAUUAACUGGAGAAUGUGGAAUAACAACAAAUCAGCAGCUAAGACCUCCAUUCACAGUACUGGUGCAAAACUUCCACAAUGUAGGAAACAUGCCAAGUCAGCAUCAUGUCAGCAACUCCAAGGAGAACCCCACUGAUGGUACAGUAACUAAUGACAAGAUUCAAGGGACAUUUCUCAAAAAGGAUGAUCCAAGGAUACUUGCAUUGAUGCAGCAAGCAGAACUGCUCAGCUCUUUAGCAGUCAAGGUUAAUAUGGAGAACACAGACCAGAGUCUUGAAAAUGCAUGGAAGGUUCUUCAAGAAUUCCUCAAUCAAAACAAAGGGAGCGAUAUGCUCGGUAUCAAAUUAUCUGAUAUGGAUUUUCAAUUUGAGAAUUUUAAAGACUUGGUAGAGGACUUAAAAAGUGGUAGUCAUUGCAAUCAGCCAUCUUGGAGACAACCGGAUCUAUUUGAGGAGUCCCAAGGAAGCUCUGACUUCAGUACAGGAUCAACCCUUAUCGCCCAGACAGCAGGUGAUAAAAUGCGACACAGUCAGGGCAAGCUAUGUGCACAAAAUCAGGACACUUUGUUAGAGUCGCAAUCAACUCCUAUAGGAGACCAAAAUAGCAUUGGUGUUUGUGAAAUGGUUCUCUCUGGGGCGACCUGUGCUCAAGAUAUGUUGCCAUCAUGUGAUGAUGUAAAUGAUCAUGAUGGAAUGAUCGCUGCCUUCUCAAAUACAGAGUUUGGUUCUCCUCUCCAAGUAACACCAAUAUUCAGAUCCCUAUCCACAGCAGUUCCCAGCCCAAAAUUUUCAGAAAGUGAGAGGCAAUUCCUUCUGAAAGCACUUCGAAUGGAGUCACCAUCCUGUAAUCCAACCAACAAUGCUUCACAACCUCCACCCUGCAGAAGGGCUCUCCUCCAGAGUCUAUAAUCAAUCUUACUGAUUGUAACCACUUACAAAAGUUUUCAGCCAUCCUUAUUCCUUCUCUUUCUCAGUUCCAUUUCCUAUGGAUCGCAGUGAUUCAACCUGAGUUUUGUUUUUCCCCUCUCCAAAGAGGCCUUUAAAGAUCUGCUUCAGUCUCGAAUGCUACGGUGCAUUCAUUCUGGUAUUGUGUCACAGAUCAAGAUCUGCGUUCCAGUUUUGAAUGCUACGGCACAUUCAUUCUGGCACUACAUCACAGAUCUAAUGGUAUGUUCUGCGUUCUUAUUAGAACUACCAUCCCUGAUAUUCACAUUAGUUACUAGCCCUUUCAGAGUGUGUCAUCCCAUUUUAUUCUUCAAUGUUGGGAUUUUGGAUAAGGGUGUUCCUCUUCCCACAAUAGUUUUUGGUUUUGGGUUUCUUUCUGUACAGAACCUACAGUGUGUCCUACUAUUUGAGAUUGUAAUUACACAACGGCACGUCGCCUAUAUAAGCCCCUUGAGGAUAGGGGUGUGGAAAGGAGGAUCAAUAAGUUGAUUGAACUCCUAUUUUUUGAUUUUUUUUUUUUAGGUGUGCAGAGGUAUAGAAUAAGUUUUUUCUGGGUUUUUUGUUCAAACGUUUUCAUGUAAUGUGACUUAUUACAUUCUUGGUUGAAGUGGAGAAUGCGAGAUGGUUUUGUGUGUGCAGAAA